GAGUCCGGCGCGCUCCAGACCCCGCAAAUGGAUCAGCACGUGAAUGGAGCGAUGGCCGAGAAGCAAAACCCUGUGGACUACGGGGUCCAGAUCCGCUUCAUCGAUGACCUGACGGAGCCCAAGAAGCCCCACAAGAUGCGGUCCAAGGCAGCCAAGCCGAGCUCCUACGGGGUGGCAGUGCGGGUGCAGGGCAUCGACGGGCAGCCCUUCGUGGUCCUCAACAGCGGGGAGCGUGGCAGUGACUCCUUCGGUGUGCAGAUCAAAAGUGAAAGUGCGUACAGCGGCCUCCCCGCCGCUCAGCCGUCGCCCGCCAGCUCCCCCAGUCGCUACCCCAAGGAGGCUUCGGGUUCACUCAGCUCCGACUCCGACCUGCCAGAGAACCCCUACGCAGCACGGCGCGCCCGGUACAGCACGUCCGACGAGGAGCAGAGCUCCCGGCCCCGUGGGAAGGGACCUCCGGCCAGCCCUGCCCGGUCCCCGUCCCCUCAGGGUGGCCGCCGGCCACUGCUUCCCAAGAAGCCGUUCAGUGACGAGCUGAGGCGGACGCAGUCUCACAGCUCUCUGCUGGGCCCCGAGUCAGGGGAGCCCUUUGGCCCGAGCCGUCCCAGCGCGCAGACCAACGGCACCGCUCAGCCACGGCCGCUGGGCAAGGCCAAGAGCGGCAGCAUGGUGAACAUCGCUGUCCAGAAGGGGCCCGAGGCGAGCGAGAAGGCCUCUUCCGCCUUUGGCCGGCGGCCCGUUGACAAGCAGCCGCCUUCUGACCCAGAAUCCUCCAGGCCUGGCCCACCGGCUGCCACGGGCGACAUUGACACGAAGCCCCUGUCCUCGGUGGAUUCCCUCAUCAGCAAGUUUGACGGGACGGUCCAGCAGCGAGGCCGCACUGCCCGCCGCAGCCGUAUCCUCCCGGACGAGAGGAAGCGGUCGCAGAGCUUGGAUGGGCGCGUGUCCUACCAUGAUACAGCGGACUCCCGGGAGCUGACCACCGCCAGGCAUGGGCCCGGCUUCCAGAAGGGGCUGAAGCCGCCCGCUGUCACCACGCAUGCCAGCAGCCUGCCCAGGACGAGGAGGGAAGACCUGAAGACCAGCAUGGCCAGCAGGUCCCAGCCCACACGGGACUGGGCAAAUAAUGGCCCUGAGGAGCCUCUGGUGGAGCAGCAGCAAAGUCAAGCGCAGUCGGAGUUGCAGCUCAAGUCCACUCCGGACCUACUGAAGGACCAGCAGGAAACGUCUCCGGCUGGGAGCAGUGAGCACAUGAAGGAACUGAUCUAUGCUAUCCUGAAGGACGGGAGCAAAGACAGCGAAGUCAUGCUAAAGAGGAAGGCAAACCUGCUGCUGGAGAAGGUCCAAAAACUUGCGGUGCCUCCUGAGGAUGUGGGAGUCCCCAGCCCCCAGCAGGCUGAGCUGGCGCGGAGGGUGGAAGAGCUGCAGCACAAGCUGGACGAGGAGAUGAAGCUCCGCCAGAAGCUGGAGCUCACCAGGGAGUCUCCCAGGAGCAGCGCUGUGCAGAACCUGGAGCUGCAGGUGGCCAGGGUGGAGGAGGAGUGUCAGCGCCUCCAGGGAGCCCUGGAGAAGAAGAGCCAGGAGCUGCAGAGCAGCUUGAGAGAGCUGAGUGAAGUGAAAAGGGCCAGAGAGCAGGCCGAAGCCAGGCUGGGUGACUGCGAGGAGCAGUUGAUGGGGAUGCAGGAGGAGCUCGACCGCCUCCGGCAGGGCCUAGGAGACGUGCCUGAGGGGGAUGCACUGCUGAAGGACCUGCUGGAGACCCGGGAAGAGCUGGAGGAGGUGCUGAGUGCCAAGCAGCGGCAGGAGGAGCACCUGCUGCUGCGGGAGCGGGAGCUGACGGCGCUCAAGGGCGCACUGAAGGAAGAGGUGGCCAGUCACGACAAGGAGCUGGACCAGCUGCGGCAGCAAUACCAGCACGACGUGGACCAGCUGCGGCGCAGCAUGGAGGACGUGUCCCAGGACCAAGCCGACCUGGAGACAGAGCGGCAGAAGAUCAACUCGAUAGUGAGGAACUUGCGGAGGGAGCUGGCAGAGAGCACUGAGGAGACCGGGCACUGGAGGGACAUGUUCCAGAAGAACAAGGAGGAGCUGCGCAGCACCAAGCAGGAGCUGAUGCAGGUGAAGCUGGAGCGGGAGGAGUUUGAAGAAGAGCUGCGGGAACUGCGGGAGCGAUUCUCAGCCGUGCGGCUGCAGGCUGAUCAGGCUCGGAGUAACACCGUGGGCACUGGCGAACUCGAAGCCCUCAAGAAGGAGCUGCGCCAGGCCCAGGAGGAGCGGAGGGAGCUGACAGCUGAGAAGCAGGCGCAGGAUGAGCUGUUGCGGCAGCGGGAGAGGGAGCUGCUGGCGCUGAAGGCGACGCUGCAGGAGACGGCAGGCAGCCACAGCCGGGAGCUGGAGCAGCUGCGUGAGCAGUUCCAGAGGAGCCUGCAGCAGCUGCAGAAGGACUCGGAUGAGGCUGUCAAGGCGGAGCGCCGGCAGAUGGAGGAAACUCUAGGGGAAGCCAGUGACCAGGAGCAGGAGCUGCUGCUGGUUAACAGGGCCCUGGAGAACCGGCUGGAUGAGGCCCAGCGCAGCCUGAGCCGGCUGUCACUGGAGCAUCAGGAGCUGAGCUCUUCCUACCAGGAGGAGCUGCAGCAGAAGGAGCAGCUGAAGAGGCUGAAGAUAGAGAUGGAAGAGCAGAAGCGGCUGCUGGACAGGACCAUUGAGAAGCUGACCAAGGAGCUGGAGCAGAUGGCUGAGGAAUCCCACCACUCAUUGGCCCUGCUGCAGUCGCAGCUGGAGGACUACAAGGAGAAGUCACGCAAGGAGCUGGGGGACUCCCAGAAGCAGGCCAAGGACCGGGGUGCAGAGCUGGAGAAGGCGCAGUUCAGCCUGGCCCGGCUGCAGGAUGAGGUCACGCGGCUCAAGCAGGCCCUGCAGGACAGCCAGGCAGAGCGGGAGAGUGCCGUGCUAGACAGAGAAGUGCUGGCCCAGCGUCUGCAGCACCUGGAGCAGCAGGUGGAGGUCAAGAAGCGCUCUCAGGAUGACCGUUCCCGCCAGGUCAAGGCACUAGAGGAGAAGUCGAAGCGCCUGGAGAUGGAGCUGGAUGAGGAGCGGAGCUCAGUGGAGCUGCUGACGGAGAGGGUGAACCGCAGCCGCGACCAGAUCGACCAGCUGCGGGCAGAGCUGCUGCAGGAACGUUCCAGCCGCCAGGACCUUGAGUGUGACAAGAUCUCCCUGGAGAGGCAGAACAAGGACCUGAAGAACCGCCUGGCCAGCUCAGAGGGGCUGCAGAAACCCAGUGCCAGCCUGACACAGCUGGAGUCACGGGUCCAAGAGCUGCAGGACAAGCUGCAAGCUGAGGAGAGGGAGAAGAACGUGCUGGUGUCUUCCAACCGCAAGCUGGAGCGGAAGGUGAAGGAGCUGACAAUCCAGAUUGAUGAUGAGAGGCAGCACGUGAAUGACCAGAAGGACCAGCUGAGUCUGCGCGUCAAAGCCCUCAAGCGGCAGGUGGACGAGGCGGAGGAGGAGAUAGAGCGCUUGGAGGGCGCCAGAAAGAAAGCACAGCGGGAGCUGGAGGAGCAGCACGAGCUCAACGAGCAGCUACAGAACCGUGUCAAGGCCCUGGAGAAGGAGGCCUGGCGCAAAGCAGCACGCUCGGCCGCAGAGGCCUCGCUGAAGGAUGACCAGCUGAGCUCGGACGAGGAGUUUGACAGUGCUUAUGGCCCAUCCUCCAUCGCCUCGCUGCUGACUGAGGCAAACCUGCAGACCAGCUCGUGCUAGCGGCUGCCAUGCGGGGGGCCGAGCCGGGCUCCUCCCAUGGACAAGGGCCAGACCCAGCUUCUCUCGAGGGGCAAAUGCCUCCUCAGCAUGGAGUUGACCAGGACACGAGCCGCGCUGAAGGAGCUGUCAGCCAAUGGCGGCACCAGGCCUGGUUGCGAACUCUAGCAAUAAUCCCAUGAAGGAAGGCAGGCUGGUGUUUGGGUUAAUUCUCGUGGGGGUGGGGACAGAUGGAAAUGGGGGAAGGUACCCCAGCAAAUCCUAUUUAACGGUUCUUUGUUCUCAGGGCAUCGCUUUAAGGAUGGACAGCUCACAUCUUAACCAAAUAUUUUUGUACAUGGGGGUGGGGGGGUGGAAUAUGUGUGGGCAUGGGUGUGCAAUAGGAGAGGGCGGUGGCCCCUGGGGCUCAGAGGGGGCUAUGUUUCUGGCUCUGACCUUAAUGGAGAAGUGUGGCAGAGACCAUGGGUGUUUGGUGCCUCCUGACUUGGGGGGGGCACUUGGCCCCACAGCAGCCAGUCAGCAACUGGGUUGGGGGGGAUCGCACUGACCACGGGGGGUGGUUCUGAGUUGGUACGAUCAGUCGUGGGGGAACACCCUCCCCGCCCCUUCUCCUGGCACCCCCACUCCCCGGCUGGUGCGCUCGCGUGGGGGGGGACGACACGGGGACCAGUGCUCUUGCCCCCCCCACUUGUCGCCUAAGUGGGGAAUGCUGGCUGUUGGGGUGCACCAGCACUCUUGGGGUGUACGUGCACCUGCUAUACGCUGCCGCUGGCAGGGAUCUGCUGGACACUGUCGCCCCCCAGGCUGUUGUAGCAGACCAGGAGCCAGGCUGAGCCUGGUGUGUAGGCACCUAGUGAUACCCCUCAGGUGCUCAGAGCUGGAGGUCAGUGCUUAGCUGGGCACCUGUGUGCCUUUGUAAUGAGUCCCGAGUCUAUCUAGACCCCCCUGGAGUGGAAAAGCCAAGGGUUUUUGGCCUGUGGCAAUCCCUGGGGGUGCUUGGGGUCCAGCCUUAGCACUGAUGUUCUUCUUUCCCCAUUCCCCUCCGUCCUGCCCCAGUCCUCUUCUGACAAUGGACUGGGUGAGGGGGGUGAGAUGCCGGAGCAGACCCUAGCUAGGGCAAGUGGCUUCUGUGUCGCUGGCUUGGUCCCUCAUGUGCCUCCUGGGAGGCUCCAGGGCUGUCUCCAGUGCAGAAUCUCCUUGCCCCUGGCCUCUUGCUCAGGUCUGAAGCUGGGCAGCCCACCAGUCUGGGGAGAGCAGGGCCUAGCCAGUGGCCACUUGUGCAAGGGGCUGGGAUUGGAGAAGCCAGAGCAGGAGCCUAGUGGAGCCUUGGCUGUCCAGUGUCCCCUAGUAUGAGUGGGAGAACAAAGACUGUCAAGGAGGCAACAUACAUGGGCUGCAUCUGUGCCCUGGAGCCAUUGACUGGAACCCAGGCAUUGGUGACACGAGCCUAGGGUCCAGUGCGGUCUACAAAGGCUGGCCAGAGCCCCGCGUAAGCCCUGGGGCUGCUGGCCUGCACUGCUGGGUCCCUGCCCCAGGGCUGCGCCGCUGCUGCUGCUGGCGCUGGCUGGGUUCGAGUGACCCUGUCUACAUAGACUCAGGCACUGCUUGCUUUUAGGAACGUGAAGCUGGAAGGCAGCUCCAGGGUCUCCCAGCUCCUGCUAUCAUGGGUGCCAGCCUUGGCCUCGCUGGACAGUGCAGCCACCUGUUCCCAUUGACAAAGGCCGGUCUGCUGCAGUUACUUCACUGCUCCAGCCCUGAGUUCCCCCCACUGCAGGGCAGGCCUUGACCCCAGUGCCUUAAUUCUUGGGGGGAUUUAGCCAGAGAAAUUCCCAGUGGGAAUUUGGGGUGAGGUUAGAACAGACUUUUAAACUGGUUUCAGUUCAGGGACCAUCUCUGGCUUCAUAUCCCCACCCCCUGUGCCUGGUCUCACCUGAACCUGCUCCAGUCUCAUGCCCUUCUGACCCCACCUUAUCUAAUUCUUCUGUCCUGGCCCCUGACCUGACCCACGGCAGCACCUGCUCAAUGCCGGCAAGGCCUUGAGUGCUUUGAGUGGUCCCUGCAGCCAUAUGCCAAGGAUGGGGCAAGAGGCUCUAUGGGCCGUGGGAACAGCAGCUCCAAGGGAAACUGCCUGCACAUCUGGUCAAGUUGGAAGGUAUCGGAGCAGUGACAGGCUCCAGGCUGCCUGCAGGGCACUGCUUGUCACCAGUCCCUGUGAGUCCUGUCUUCCAGGGCAGUUUGCUGGGUUGUGCCAAGGGCCGCAGGUUCGUGGCUGGAGGAGCACAGGCUCAUCUGUGGCUUCAGGAGGAAGGUUUUGGGGGUUGCCACCAGCCUUCCAGAUUUGACUCCCAGCGUGGAGGAGCCUGGGCUUGGGCUGUGGGUCUAGGCAAGAAGAGCCCUGAGCAUCCUUCACAGGCUGCUCAGGCCACAGGCAUGGAGCUGGCUGGGCUGAGUGACUCCAGGCUGCACUGCACAGGGCUGAGCUGGUGCUAGCACCCACCCGCAGCAGAGCUGGGGCCAUCAACACUGCUCCCCCCAGGCUCUCACCCCAGUGUGUAAGGUGGGGAGAAGGGGUUACCUGCUUGGGGAUGGGGAGGGCCUGGCCGCUCUCUCCUGGGGCUGUGAGGGGAUGUUUGACCCACAGUCCCCCACAGAGUGGUUGGCACACAAGGCGGAUGCCGGUGUCUUGGACGGGAGACAUUUAAGUGACUCCUGCCUGUUCCAGCUCAUGACUAUGGAUCAGGUUCUCCUGCCUUUUCCCACAAACUUGUAUUUUAAAUAAACUUUAUAUAUUCAAAGCUGAGUCUGGCUGCACCUAGUGUUUGCAAUUGGGAGUGCAAGGGGUGCUAGUCGGGGCCCAGGUCCCAUGUGAUGCCCAGUGCCCAGCGUGGAUGUGCAGCUAAAACCUGCUUGUGACCCUGGCCUGCGUGCCACAGCCAGACGCCAGUUGGCUUUGGCACUUCACAUUUUAGAGCAGCUGUGGCCAUGAUCCUGGGGCUCUUCAGGUCCUGCUGACUGACGUGGGUCUAAACCAGGAGUCUGUAAACUCAGCACGGCUUUAAAGCUCGGCUAAGGGGGCGGUGUUGUGUAGCAGCCCCUGGGCUCUUGGGCUGGGAUGUGCCCGCAGCACCAGGGCAGUAGGU